AUGGAGACAGCAAGUUCCUGCGGCUCCUGGCUGUCCGGCUGCCUCGCCACGCUCGUCUUCCUCCAGCUGCCCACGCCCGCGUCAGAUCGCCAGGUCCCUUUUUCUCUCCGCGGCGCAGGGGACUCCGGCAAGUUCCACCUGGCCCCGCUAGGGGGCACCGCCAAGCUGCUCUGCCCGCUCGCGCUCUGGGGCGCCCCGAAGCUCGACGAGGUGCGGGCAAUCAGCCCCGCCCCCUGCUCCCCAGGAGACAGUCUCGGCCCUUCGCGCGGAGAAGGGGGGCGGAGAGCAGGCGUUCGGGGCAAUCAGCCCCGCCCCCUGCUCCCCGGAGCGCCCGCGCGCGCGAGCGGAGGGUCCUGGCGGGGACCGGGUCCUCUUAGGCCCUGCCAGCAGCUCUCCUUUCCAGUCCUAGGCUCUGACCCUUACAUCCACGUGAAGGGCUACGACGCGGGCUGGAUCCAGCUGGUGUGCAGGUCGGCGGGAUGGUUCCCAAGGCCUUGGGCCGAGUGGAGAGACCCUCAGGGCAGGGUGCUUCCAUCCGAGCCCCAGGCCCUUUCCCAGGACCAAGCCGGCCUCUUCGAAACAGCCGUGUCCAGCAAAGUCAGGGACAGCACCGUGGGCAACGUGUCCUGCACCGUGCGCAACGCGUUCCUGGGCCAGGAGAAGACCACGGCCAUGGUCAUAGCAGCCCCGUCUCCAGGGAGGGUCUCCCCCUCAGCAGUGGCUCUUGCUGUGAUCCUGCCUGUCCUGGCGCUUCUUAUCAUGGUGGGCAUUUGCCUCAUCUGGAAGCAAAGACGAUCGAAAGAGAAGCUUCUCUAUGAACAGGUGAUGGAGGUAGAAAAUCUUCUUUCAGACCAUUCAAAAGAAAAAGGAAGGCUCCAUAAAUCCCUCAAGAAACUCCGGAGUGAACUGAAGUUGAAAAGAGCUGCUGCCGACUCAGGCUGGAGGCGGGCCCGGCUGCACUUCGUGGCGGUGACCCUGGACCCCGACACGGCGCAUCCCAAACUCAUCCUGUCUGAGGACCGCAGAUGUGUGAAGCUUGGGGACAGAAGGCAGUCUGUCGUGGACAACCCCCAGAGAUUUGAUUUCGUCGUCAGCGUCCUGGGCUCCGAGUCCUUCAUGGCUGGUUGUCACUACUGGGAGGUGUACGUGGGAGACAAGACCAAAUGGAUCCUGGGGGUGUGCAGUGAGUCAGUGAGCAGGAAGGGGAAGGUCACCGCCUCGCCCGCCAACGGACACUGGCUUGUGCGACAGAGCCAUGGGACCCAGUAUGAAGCUCUCACGUCCCCUCAGACUUCUUUCCGUCUGAAGGAGUCCCCACGUUGCGUGGGGAUUUUCCUGGACUAUGAAGCAGGAAUCAUCUCCUUCUACAAUGUGACCAACAAAUCCCACAUCUUUACUUUCACCCACGCUUUCUCUGGCCCCCUUCGCCCUUUCUUUGAACCUUGCCUUCAUGAUGGAGGGAAAAACAUGGCCCCUCUAAUCAUCUGCUCAGAACUCCAGAAAUCGGAGGAAUCAGUUGUCCCCAAGCCAGAUGCAAAAGGCCAUGCAAAUGGAGAUGUGGCCCUGAACGUGGACUCUUCCCUCCUGCCCAGGCUGCCUGACCUCGGCCCCGCCCUCCAGGGGCUCAAGGUUCCUUCUUUAUAGGGAGGUGCCUCAUCAGCUGCUCCCCUGGCCGCCCAGCCCAGUGCUCUGGGCUUGCGUCUCCUGGCCCAGCACCUGGUUCUGGAACAGCUCAUCUCCUUUCCCCUAAUCUACACCCCUUCUUGGUUCUGUUCGUGCCCCCUUUCUCCCAGUUCUAAACCCUGCCUCCUUCUGGGGACUUGAAGUUCCCAUUGCCCUGGAAGAAUUCUUGCAAACCAAAUGAACAAUCAGGUUAGGUGAGGGUGGUGAUGUCAAGUGUGUGUCAUUGAGAUCCAGGGGUUCUCCAUUUGAGGGGCUAUUUAGAAGGACUUCAUCUUAUCUCAUCCUGCACGUGGGCUUUUAGUUCGUGGAGUUUUGGGGAGUAGCUCCUGACUUCUUACUUAUUUCAUCAAGAAUUGCUUUUCUCUCUCUCUUUUUUAGUUCAGACCUUUAGCUCCCCAAAGCCAGCUUUUUAAAAGUAAACAUACUUUGGGUCAUAUAUGGGGUAGCGGGUGGCCAGGGGAUAAAAAUCAGCAUCCUCUUCUAUUUCCUUGAUGCUAUUUUCAACAUAUUUGGUGAUAUCCAGAGCUAAUGUACAUGUUUUCAAAGCGAAUUUGCCUAUUGAUGACAACCAAGUACAGGGACUUUAGACAUGGUAGCUGCCAUCCUGCCAGGAGCACCACCAGGGAGCUGGUAAGCACAGCUCCAAACCCAGCAGGCCAGCUGUGCGUGGCCUUGAAAAGACAGCUAUGGAUGAGUCCGCCGGUUGCACCGGCCCUUUCGUUUGCCCUCCUGAGACUUAGAGAGGCCCAGCUAGAAAAAGUGGCAGUUUUAACCACCAAUGUAGACACUUCCCCCCACAAGACAUUAUACUGGAAGUCUUGACUAUUUGUGUGGCAGACUCUUAGGUCAGAGUAUUGAUUUCAGAUAGGAAGUUGAUAGACCAGGUGUGAGGAUAAAUAAUGAAUCUGAUGUUUUGGUGUGGAUUGCAGAAAGAAGCCUAGUCACUUUCAAGGCACUCCACAGAUGUGACCUGGCCUCUUUUUGGAGAUAUUGGCUAUCAGUUUGCAGAUGGAUACUUGGUUCUAUCCAACAAAAACUAGAUCUUUCUUUCAGAAAUUCUCUCUGUUACUCUGUUAGUGCCUGUAUUGGUCAGAGUUCUUCAUAGAAACAUAAUAUACAUGUGUGUGUGUGUAUAUAUAAAAAUGUAUACUCUUUUUUUUUUUUUUCAGAGAGAGAGAUUAUAAGAAAUUGGCUCAUGUGAUUAUGGGGAAUGGCAACUCCCAAGAUCUGCAGGGUUAGUCAUCAGGGUUGGAAAGAUCCAGGGGAGCCAAUGGUUUAGUUCCUGUCUGAGUCUGGUGGUCCAAGACCCAGGAGAACUUAUGGUAUAACUCCAGUUUGAAAGCUGACAGGCUUGAGACCCAGGAACAACUGAUAUUUAAGUUUGAGUCUGAAGGUAGGGAAAAAGUGGAUGUCCCAGUCUGAAGGCUGUCAGGUAGGAAAUAUUUUACUAAGGGGAGAGUCAGCUUUUUGGUUCUAUUCAGGCCUUCAACUGAUUGGAUGAGGCCCACCCAUGUUAGGGCAAUCUGCUUACUCAAGCUAAUGAUUUAAAUGUUAAUUUCAUCCAAAAAUACCCUUACAGAAACAUCCAGAAUAACACUUGACCAAAUAUUGGGGCACCCUGUGGCCCAGUCAAGUUGACAUAAAAUUAACCACCACAGUGCCCAAGCAGAAUUUUUCUU